AGACAAUCUAGCAAAAUCAUUUGAAUUUUAGUCGAAACUCUUAUAUAGCGAUUGUAUCGCAAAGUAGAGCUGCAGUUUACAUUUAUGUUUACAAUAUUUUUGCAGUAUUACAUUUUCAUGAUCAAAUAUUUUUAUUUGUAACAAGGAAAAAUAAGAUUGUAAAAUGAAUAAAGAUAAAAAAGACCCAGACUACCCAGUUGAAUUGGAGUGUCAGUUUAUUAUGAGAUUUCCCGAAGAACCAGCAAAAUCAUUGAAAGAAUUGAUAAAAUCCGGCGAAAAUUUUAAAAAUAGACUUUCAAUUAGUUUAGAAAAUGACAUGAGACAUGGGGAGGUACGGUUUGAUCAUUGGCUUUUACAUGCUAAAAUUGUGGAUUUGCCAACAGUAACAGAGUCUCUAAAAACAAUCGAUAGGAAAAGUGUUUACAAAACUGCGGAUAUAUGCCAAAUGAUGAUAUGUAAAGAAGAAAUUGACCAUACAAGUGAAGAAGAGUUGCCCAACAAAAAUAAGAAAAAAGACCCUUUGAAAGUUGACAAAAAAUAUCUUUGGCCACAUGGUAUUACACCUCCAACAAAGAAUAUCAGAAGAAGACGUUUUAGAAAAACUUUAAAAAAGAAAUGUGCAGAAGCUCCAGAAAUAGAAAAGGAAGUAAAAAGGCUUCUUAGAGCAGAUAAUGAAGCUGUUAGUGUAACAUGGGAAGUUAUAAAGGAAGAAAAUGAUAAUGCAAAGAAUGAAAGUGUGUUGCCCAGUAAGCCAAAGACAAAGAAAAAUCUAAUUGUAAAGGCAGAACAAAAUUCAAAUAACCAGUCCAAAGUCGAAGAUAUUUUUGGUGGGGCUGUUAGUGACAGUGAUGCAGAAGAUGAUAAUAUUGAUAUAGAAGACAGCAGAAUGUCAGCAUGCGAUGACCAGAUGUCAGAUUCAAGUUCUGUUCAAGGGUCUGAAUACAAGGGAAGACAGGUGGUAACUCAAUUCAAAUCUGAAAUGUUUAGCUCCCCUGGAACUAGCAAUACAGCCACACCAAUAAUGAAUAAGAAAAGUGCUAUAGUGGCUUCAGGCAGCAGUAGCUAUAAAGAUCAGUACAAACAUGAAUUUAAUGAUAGUUCUACGCAAAAUGUGAAAGUACAACAACUAACAGCUGAACUUGAAGAACUUAAGCUAAGAAAACAUCGAACACAACUUGAAAUUUCAGGUCUUCAAAAUAUGACUUUGAAACAAAGGUUUCAAGAUAUUUUACAUACACUUAAUAAUGAAAUUCAGUUGAAGGAAAUUGAGAUUCAUAACUGUCCAAAAUAAGAAACUUUAAAUAUUGUUGUCUAAGUGUAAUUAAAGAAAAAUGAUAACUGAAAUAUACAAAAUCUGUCAUUCCAACCAAAGUAGUCAACAUCAUAAAGAGCUCGCUUCAUUUCUUCAUGUGCUGAAAAAGUAAUGUUUAGACACUUAAAAGUCCAGCAGAGCUUCAUAAUUGUAUAUCCUGUUUACUGUUAAAAUAAUGUGUUAUCAGUCAAAAAAGUAU